UCUACCGUCCACGUGAAAUAGACAAUGCAUUGAAUCCUGACUACAAACACAAAUAAAAAUAUAAUAAUUUGUUUUGAAUAAGUCAGCAGCACAUGUUUUGCUAUUUUAUUUAACGAAGAUAAUUUAAGUUUUGCUAAGAUGCCCAAAACUAAGAAAAAGUUUAUAGAUCGUAAGAAGGCAGUCACAUUUAAUUUAGUGCAUAGAUCACAAAGGGAUCCCUUGGUAGCUGAUGAAAGCGCACCUCAAAGAGUUCUUGUUCCUAUAAAUGCAAAUGUUCCAACCCGAAAAGAACCUGAACUUAGUGCUGACCAAAGAAAGGAAGAGCAACAUAAAUAUGGAAUAUACUUUGAUGACGACUAUAACUAUUUGCAACAUCUCAAAGACACAAGAGAAGUUACAUUGGUAGUUCAACCAAAAGUCACACACAAAAGAAAGGAGAAGGUAUCCAGUAGAGAGGAAGAUGAUGAUGUCAAAGUUAUAUCUGACUCAAUACAAUUGCCUAGCUCUGUGUUUGCUUCUGAAGUUGAAGAGGAUGUGGGUCUUCUUAACAAAGCGGCAACUCAAGGUCUCUGUUUGGACUUGGAUCCUGAUGUGGUUGCUGCACUAGAUGAAGACUUUGAUUUUGAAGAUCCCAAUAACGAAUUAGAAGAUAAUUUUAUAGAACUUGCUAUGGGUGAUGGUACCGGUGAUGGUGAUGACGACUUUGAAGAAGGUGAUGAUAUAAGUGAUGGAGACUCCAAUAAAGCAUUUAGCUCGGACUUUGAUUCGGAUGAUGAUAGUGAUGUUCAGGAAGAUAAUUCAGAAAUACCGGCAUGGGACGCGAAAGAGGAGACGAAAUCUCGCUUCUCCCAGUACUCUAUGUCAUCUAGCGUUAUAAGACGGAACCAGGGUCUCUCUCUGCUUGAUAACAGAUUUGAGAAGAUGUUCGAGGAAUACGACGACACAGAAGUGGGCGCGUGUGACCUGGAUGAGAUUGAGGGUUACUUGCCGCAGACUCACAGCAUGUUGCUGCAGGCUGCAGAUGAGUUCCAACUGGCACAGAGGAAGUACCAGCUCGAUAAAGAGAAGGAGAUUUCUAGGUUCCAACGAUUGCAAGAAAUCGAGGAGGAAUCCGAAGAUGAUCUGGUGACGACGGUAGUAAAACCCAAGGAGACGUGGGAUUGUGAAUCUAUUCUGUCCACCUACUCCAACAUUUACAACCAUCCCAAGCUGAUUGAGGAACCAAAGAAAAGAAAAAUAAAGAUAAACCCAAAAACCGGCCUACCGGAGGACACCCUGGGCAAAGAUAACAAACUAACAGCGAAGUCACUGGCCAAGUUUAAUGCAAUGCAUCAGGAGGACUCCAGCUGUGAUGAGGAUGGGCAGACGAAUGCCGAGACUGUGCUAUCAACACUUAGUGUGCUCUCCAUCAGACCUAAAGAUGAAAGUCCAGAAGAGAAAAAGGAGAGAAAGCGACUUCUAAAAGAAUACAGAAAAGAGAGAAGGAUAGAGAAGAAGGCGAACAAAGAAGCGUUCAAAGAAGAAAAGAAGAGGCAAGAAAAGAUUAUGUUAAAUAAUAGAAAUAAUAUACAAGGGAAUAAAAUAUUGUAAAUCUUUAA